CACCAACAAAUACAAAUAAUAAAAUAUUACACGGAUGAACAGUACAAAAAUAUACUGAGCUCACCCAUUCCAUAUUUCCAUGUACCUAUAAUACAAACACACUUGUCCAUGUAAACCCACAAUUCUCCCCAUCAGCUCCAUCUCCUCUCAUUCUUCACUCUCACAACACACACCAAAAUGGACACCCAAGUCUCCCCUGACCUAGACAUAAACCACCUCCGCGCCAUCAAAGUCCUCGGAAAAGGCGCCACGGGGACCGUCUUCCUCGUCCACCACCGCAUCUCCGACCCCUCCGCCGCCUCUCCCUUCGCUCUCAAAGUCGUUGAAAAAUCCCCUCUCCUCGACGCCAAAGUCGACACUGACCGCCGUGCGCGGUGGGAGCUCUCCCUGCUCCGCCGCCUCAACAACUCUCCCGCCACCACAUCUCACCCUUUCCUCCCCACCCUCCUCGGCUCCUUUGAAACGAACGACCUCAUUGGGUGGGCCAUCCCGUUUUGUCCCGGCGGCGACCUAAAUGUACUUCGCUACAACCAAAGCGACCAUAUUUUCUCUCCCGCGGUGAUCAGAUUCUACGUGGCGGAGAUAAUUUGUGCCCUAGAAAAGCUCCAUGCAUUAGGCAUUGUGUACCGUGACUUAAAGCCGGAGAAUAUCCUCAUCCAACAAUCCGGUCACUUAACCCUAACUGACUUCGACCUCUCGCGUACGCUCGUCAAGCCCACGCGCCACCACGACGUGGUUUACGAGCCCGAGCCGUUGAAGCAAAAGACAUCGAAGAAGACGAAGAAUGCGCGAGUUGCACCCGAUAGUAGACGGAAGUCUAGUGUAACAUCUAACGGUGAACGCGCCAACUCGUUCGUCGGAACGGAGGAGUAUAUUUCGCCGGAGGUGGUGCGUGGAGAGGGUCACGAAUUCGCGGUGGACUGGUGGGCGCUGGGAAUUCUCGCUUUCGAAAUGCUGCACGGAACGACGCCGUUUCGCGGGAAAAAUAAGAAGGAUACGUUCAGGAGAAUCGUGAUGAUGCCACCGGAAUUCAUUGGAAGACCAUCUACAUUGACGGACUUGAUCGGGAAGUUGCUCGAGAAAGACCCCACGCGCCGGCUAGGGUACAGGAGAGGCGCGUGUGAGAUCAAGGAGCACCCGUUUUUUCACGGCUUACGGUGGGAUUUAUUAACAGAACUUUCACGGCCGCCGUUUCUUCCGUCAAGGGAGUUGCAUGAGAUGAAGCAAAGCAAGAGUGUAGAUAUAAGGGAGUAUUUUGAGAAACUGAGGAUGCCGCCGUUAUCGUUAGAUUCUCCGGCUAGGGAAGAAUGUUUGUAUAACGUUUCGUUAACGGAGUUCUGACUCACGUGUAAGAAUAGAUAAAGUUUUGUCGUGUAUGUAUAGAAUAACUGUAGAACGGUGAAAGAUGUUGUUAGUUAAGAACAGGGGUUUGUUGUGAUUAACAAAAAUAAUGUACUCGCCGGGCGGCGCGUGGUGUAAAGAUGCAUGGUCGUGAUGGGAAAUUAAUAAAGGGAUGCUUGGAUUGAGGGAUGAAAUUUGGGCUUUGGUGAUUAAAAUUGUUGUUUAGAUCGACAGGAUUAUCAAUAUUUUAAUGAGAUUCAUGAUGAUCAAUCCAAUAUUUUUUCUUGCCUUGCUU